AUGAAUUUAAUCAUAAUGAUACUUUUGUCAUGAAACCAACCUUAUUAACUUCAAUUGUUUAUGCUUGCUAGAAAAAUAUGACUCCAUUAAAAUGUGUUCAUUUAAAUUCAGUUACAAGAUUCAUUCUAAUAACAAUAUUGGUUUCCAUAUUCAGUCAAUCAUUUGAUUGUCAACCGAUAAAUGUAAGUAAUCCUGUGACAGGGGAAACCUCGGAACAAGGAAACAUCAGUCAACCUAUUGACCCAGCAAUAACUAAUGAUAAACCUUCAAGCAACAACGAUACCAAAAGUCUAGGAAACAUCAGUCAACCAAUGGACGAUGACACCAGACCUGAAGAUUACUUAAUUAACACACCUGACUGUCCUUCGGAUGUUUGUAUUCAAAUGGUCCCACCAAAAACUACUGAAAAACCUUCAAGAAACAACGAUACCAACGGUCUAGCUCGUAAGCGUCAAGUCCUAGAUCUUCCAACUAACGAUGAUUUUGGUGACAAUGCAAAUGAUGAUAAAUCUUAUGAGAAGGAUGGACCCAUUUCGCCUGAAAAUUUGUUGUUUUCUUUACAAGAUUAUAAAAUUGUGAUGGAACCAACGGUAGAGAAGGUUAAUGAUUUAGAUUACAAAGUAACUUUGAAUGUGAAUGUAAGGCGAAAAUCAGAUGAUCGAAAAGUUAUGGAAUUGCCUUCAAUGGAAAUGUAUCCAAAUAAUGAAAAUGCGCUCGUUCCUAAUUCAUCAAUAGUUGAGAGUUUAAAGAAAGAGUUGAAUGGUACACUUUCAAAAUUCGAUAGCUCUUUUGAAAACAAUAACCGAGAUACAUCAGACAAUUCUACCAACUCUGCCCCAACCGAUUUAAGUGUAAAUCUUAAAGAAGGUAAAGAAGGUAAAGGUGUUCUAACCCCUGAUUCAUCAAGUCAGAAAAAUGAAACCACCGAUGCUGUAUCUUCACCAUCAUCGAGUACCAGUGAAAGCAAGAGUUACAGGGAGAAUAACACUUUCGUUGCAACAUCAUCUACAACAAUGGAACCUCUAACAACCGCAGAACGAAGUUUGACACCGUUACCGCCAAAUGAAUUCGAUAAGAGACAAGAAAACUCAACAACUCAGCCUGAAACUACCACUACAUCAAAGCUUGAGAUUACAACGAUUACAACUUCUAAACCGAUUGAUAAAAUUUCAGCUUCAACUUUAUCUAGUCAAGUUGAGUCGAGUGAAACAUCUCAUGCUUCAUCAAAUGCUUUCACUGCAUCAACUGAAGUGUCAAGAGCUGUUGAAAGUCGAACUAUUUCGUCAACUUCAAAUCCACUUCAAACCUCCAGUAGUUCAUCAAUGCAACCAAAGAUGAGCGAAAUUGAACUAAACCAUUUAAAAAGCUUGUCUGACAAACAAAAUUACAAACCAAUAAAGCCGAUACCAGAAACACCAUGGAUUCCAGCAUAUGAAGUAAAGCCAAUUGGUACCAAUAAACAGGACACUGAUAAUCAUAUUGAAUACCGAUUUACUCAGCACGAAGAAGAAUUCAAUAACAGACGAAAUAUUCCAAGUAACCAACCUAAACUUCAACCUCAACCUCGACCUCAGCUUCAACCUCAACCUCAACCUAAACUUCAGCCUCAACCUCAGCCUCAACCUCAGCCUCAACCUCAGCCCCAGCCUCAGCCUCAACCUAGACCUGCACCUCGUUUGCCCCCUAAAUCACGAUAUGAACCUGGUAUGGAUAUGCGCUCAUAUAAUGAUCGUCAACCACAAGUAGUUAAAUAUGAUCCUUAUGUACCAAGGAAUCCUAGCGUACCAUUGAAAGAUCUACGAGCAAAUGCACCUAACAACAGGAAUGAACCUUAUGCAGUUGAAGAAAUUGUUCAUUUUGAAGGGCCAAUGCAGCGGUUAAAUACUCGCCAACAAAAGCCGUCGCCAGAACUUUUUGUACGCAUUAUUCGCCAUUAUUUUGAGAAUGCUCUAAGUCCUGCUGAAACGAUAUACACAACUAAGCAUAAGUCACCAAUAAUUGCUCCAGGACAGCCUGUUUAUCAAAGAUCACCAGCUUCAUUGAGUUACCAAAAUUCAAAGCCAUGACCACCAAAUGUUGUCCUGUAACUAUUGAGUAAAUCAAUAAAGAAAAAUGGUAAAAGUAAACUUAA